AUGGAAAUUUUGUCCCUGGCGAAACAUGGAGACUUGACGCUGUCGCAGAUCUUGGACAUUUUUAAGCUACUGACGUUAACUUAUCCGCGGUAUUCUGAUUCGGGAUCGAGAGACGCAGUGGAGGCGGUGGGCAUGGAGUUGGUUCGUCGUGAUGAAGUUCGUGGUACGGAGGAUGGACCGAGGGGUGAGGUUAGGUUGGGUGUAGCGGAGCAAAUUUUGGGAUGGCUUUCCAACGAGGUUGGAAGACUGGCAAAGAAGGGAAAUUCAGAUUCCUACGCUCCUUCGGAUUUAUUCGUGCUCUUGAGUUGGUCUUGUGGGCUCUAUACGACGUGUGUGAAAAGCAACCCAAAUUUCGCGUCUUCCCACUCGUGGCGAGCUCUCGUCGGAUCGCUAGCGUUGCUCCUCGACAUGCUCCUGGAGUCGACAAAAGCCAAGCCCUCGAUGAAGAACGGCGGUCUUGUACGGACGCGUCGGGCUUUGAGAUCGGCGCCUGGACACGUAACGGACGUUAUAAGAACCCUCCUCGCCCUCCUCAAAACCAAUUCAACUCCCUUACGACUUGUUAGCUUGAUUGGUGUCGCUGUCAGCGUCCUGAUCCGCCUCAAAAACAUAUCUGAAGAUCCUGAAAAACGUCUUCCAGAUGACCUGAAGCAGGGAGUUGUGGGCGUUUAUACAAGCACCGUUCUAAUGGCCAAAUUUCCACUGCCAGAGCAUAUACUCACCGUCCUCAACGACUUCAUAUCCAUUUUUGUAACGAAUAACGACUUUACGAGCACUAUCACCCCUACGAUCGAAAAAGCAUUGCUACGAGCCCCAGAAAAUGCUCUUCCCGUCGUCAUUCAGUUCUUCCUUGCCUAUAAGCAGCCUCUAGAACCUACAAUUUUCCAACACCUCGUUCAACAAGUCGUCAGCAGCUCCAAGUCUAGCAAUGCUCUCGUCCGCGUAAAUUCGGUCCAGCUCUUCAAAGCCCUCCUCAGCCUCCAUGACCCACAAAAUCGUCAUAACCUCUCCCGCCUUGCUGUGCCCGAACUCCUGACUCUCCCUAAAACUGGGAAAACUGCUGGCGCCGACCAUCGUGUUGCUCUAUAUUCGAUGCUCGCCUUUCUUCCUCCAGCAGAGGAGGUCUCAACGACACUCCUUCAGACUACCACCCCACUUCUCGCCAAGGAGCCGCAUGAAGGUACUACGGCUGUGCUUGCAGCUGCUUUGUCGCGUCAUAUCGUCUUUCUCCUCUCACAGUCUUCCGUACCAUCUGAGACGACUCAGUUAAUCGCAAAGGAGAUGAGCAAUGCGAAGCCAACUGUCAGGAAAGCAUUCGUUGGGCUCGCGGGUUCAGUGCUUUUCGACGAGCCACACGUUUUAGAUCACGAUAAUGGUGUCGCCUUCGCCAGAGCACUUCUACCGGCUUUCGAAAAUUGUCUGAAGACCGUUUCAAGCAACCCGCUCAAUUCGAGUGGAGGACCGUACGAGGGUUAUGUCGCUGUCGCCGUCCUUCUGGGCCCGUUGGCGCAAUCGAAGUUCGACGCGGUCAUCGCCCAGAACCCGGUAAUUGCGGCCAUCGGCACCAUCAGCGCUAAGCAGUCGUUCUUGUUGUGGGACAAGGUCUAUCAAAAGCUGACGGAAGAGGAGGAGGAGAAAUGGCUUCUCAGAGCGUGCAAUGUCUCGCUUCCGUACUUCAAGUCCGAGCUCUCGAAAAAUGAAACAUUGAGAACACACCUUGGAGCAGUCUUCAUCCAUUUCGGGAUCGAUAGCCGGUUCCCAGAAAUUCGACGAAGGGUCAGUGCUUCCUUGGUUGAGCUGGCCGCCUUUUCUCCCGGACUUGUCAGCAAAGUAAUCCGAGACGCCUUGUUCGCUUUCCUCUCCAAGGGUGUCCCGACCGCGAAAGCAACCCCGUCGGAUGAAACUGUCGUCCCUUGGAACAAGCAUUCAAGACUUGCAGCCCUGCUUCUUAGUAUAGUUUCUUUUGAAGAAACUGUUGAUACCUCCUUGCGGGAAAACAUCGUUGUCGAUUUCAUUGUGUUGGCUCAUCACCAUCUCAUAUGUGGACCCGACCGACAAACCUGGAUCGAUGUCUGCCAGAAAGCUGGCGCUGAUCCUCGCGAAGUGGUCAAUAAAAACCUUGACAGAUUGUUCGAACUCGUGUUGGAGGCCAGUGCAAUGGAAUCCAAGGACGGCUUUGCAAAUACCAGUCACAGGGCCAUAACAACACUGGCCUUCGUCUCUCCUGCCAAUGUUCUUCCUCGCGUCACAGAGCAGCUUAAAUCGGACAUUAAUCCUGAAGUUCUUAACAGCCUCUCCGAUGACGAUCUUGCCAUCUGGGCAACAGCAGAAGGCACAACCUUUGUUGAUGUGCUUUCCUCCUCGAAGAAUGAAACGAGGCCGGCCAAAGGCAAGGAUUAUGAGAUUGCGAAAUGGGAAGAGGAGACACGAAAAGCACUUGCGGCGAAGAAGGCUGCACCCGUUACUUUGUCAAGACAACAGCAAGCACUUGUCCAAGCCCAGUUGGAGAAGGAGUCCAAAAUCCGACAGCGGGUACAAGUCAUCCAUUCACAACUCAACCGGGGAUUGUUCUUCGUGAGGAGUCUUGUUGCCGCUCGUGUAGAGGAGUUCCAAUCCUACAUGUCGCCGAUUGUGUCACUGCUGCUAAAUGGAGCACUCGGAAGGGGAUCGUUCCUUGCUGGUCCUGCUGCAUUCGAGACAUAUUUGACGCUCUCUGAAAGUACAUCGGAUCGCCUGGACACGAUUAGAAGAUGGAUUGGAAUCGCUACACUCCGAUGUCUAAAAAUGGGAUCCAUUCCAGAAGAUCUGCAAGCGGAGCCUCUUCACAUGCUUGUCAUUCGCGUCCUGUAUCGCUUGCGCUUCCUCGCCGAGCAAACGCCUUUCGAUGCCGCUACAUUCUCCUACACAUUUCCUCUUCUGAGUCAGAUACUUGUGAGUGGAGGAAUUCCGGGAGAAGAGCAGGACGAUAUCUUGGAACAAGUUACACUAGCAUUGGAGGUCAUCAAGUUCCACUGUGGUGAAUUUGCUGCUCCUGCAUUUCCACGAGCGCGAACAAUUGGAAACCUUAUACAUACCAUUCGGCACCAGCCGAAGUUGGGGAAGGUUGCUUCUUCUGCACUUAUCGAACUUGGAGAGGCCGUUUCGGCGACGGCAACUCGUGCAGAGUCUGAAGUGCUGCUUCGCGGUACACUCUUCCAGGAAUCUUAUGUCAGAAAUUCAUGUUUGCAAGCCAUUCAACCAUUAGAUUUGACCGACAUGGACUGGUCUCCAGAGCUUUGGGUGGCUUGUCACGACGACGACGAACAAAAUGCGCGAUUGGCUCGUCAUGUCUGGGAAGAUAAUGGUCUCGACAUCCCGGAAAAAUACUUGGAUCGUUUGAUUGUAUUCUUGGACCAUGAAAAUGCUUACGUUCGCUUGAGUGCCGCGAAAGCCAUAGCAGAAGCGGUUGAGCAGUGGCCUCUCACUAUUCAACCAACGUUGGCCACUUUACAAGGUUAUUAUCGCGAGAAGGCAAAAAUACUUGCCCCUGAGUUCGACGAAUACGGAAUGGUUAUCGCUCAGACGCUAGAACGAACGGAUCCAUGGACUGCACGGCUAGCAACAGCGCAAACAUUUGAAGUUCUUGCACCAUCCUUCACAGCGGAUGAUUUGGAACCUUUCUUCAAAUUCUUGAUUCAAGAUCAGGCUCUUGGUGACCGAACAGCAGACGUGCGCAAAGGCAUGCUCUCAGCUGGGACCACCGUCAUCGACAUACAUGGUGCAAGUCGAUUGGCACAGCUUAUCAAGCUAUUCGAGGAACAUUUAGCCCUACCUGGGUCCUCUUCAGAAACGGAUGAUUUCAUCAAGGAGGCCGUCGUUAUUCUUUUCGGUCGCGUUGCUCGUCACCUGGAGGCGUCGGACGCACGAACCCCGUCUAUCGUAGACCGACUCGUCGAUGCUCUGAAAACCCCUGCCGAACAAGUGCAAAUUGCCGUGUCCGAAUGUUUAUCGCCUCUCGUUAGACUUAUGCGACCCAGAUUGCCAACCCUCGUUGACCAACUCUUUGAUGAUCUUUUCAAUGGUCCAAAGUAUGCAACUCGGCGUGGUGCCGCUUAUGGUCUUGCUGGGGUCAUCAGAGGAACGGGCAUUAGUGGCAUGAAGGACUUCCGUGUUAUCAGUCGACUGAAGGAGGCAGCUGAGGAGAAGAAGCACUACGAAUCUCGUCAAGGCGUCAUGUUCGCCUUCGAAACCUUGUCCAGCACGUUGGGACGAUUGUUCGAACCAUAUAUCACCUUCGCUCUUCCUAUUCUCCUAACUUUAUUCGGCGACGGGACAGCAGACGUCCGCGAGUCCACACAAGAUGCCGCCCGAGUAAUCAUGGCGAAUCUUUCUGGCUAUGGUGUCAAGCUUAUUCUUCCUACCCUUUUGGAAGGGUUGGAUGAAAAGCAGUGGCGUUCCAAAAAGGGAUCGAUUGAACUCUUAGGCAUGAUGGCGUACUGUUCUCCUCGCCAACUAUCGAUAUCCCUUCCCAUCGUUAUUCCUCGCCUCACUGGUGUUUUGACAGAUUCGCAUGCUCAAGUCAAAACGGCUGCCAACAAGAGUUUGAAACAGUUCGGAGAAGUUAUCAGCAAUCCGGAGAUUCAGUCACUCGUUCCUGUACUCCUCAAAGCACUCGUUGAUCCCGCCAAAACCCCCAACGCGCUAUCUUCGCUCUUGAAAACAUCUUUCAUGCAUUUCAUCGACCAGUCUUCUUUGGCCUUGGUUAUUCCCAUCAUUGAACGAGGACUGAAAGAACGAGGAGCUGACACCAAGAAGAAAGCCGCCCAGAUUGUUGGCAAUCUGGCAUCGCUGACUGACGUGAAGGAUUUCGUGCCUUACCUAGACGAGCUUCUACCCAUGGUCCAUCAAGUUUUAGUCGAUCCCGUGCCCGAAGCUAGAGCAACAGCGGCGAAAGCCCUUGGAACUCUGGUUGAACGACUAGGAGAAGGCUACUUCCCGGAUCUCGUACCUGGACUUCUAAGAAUCCUCAAAACUGACACAUCCGGAGUGGACCGACAAGGUGCCGCCCAAGGUCUCAGCGAAGUUCUAUCGGGCCUUGGAAUGGAAAGGCUGGAAGGAUUGUUGCCAGAUAUCAUUGCCAACGCUCGCUCCCCAAGAUCAACUGUGCGAGAAGGUUUCAUGUCGCUUCUCGUUUAUUUGCCAGCAACGUUCGGGACGCGUUUCCAACCCCAUCUGCCGAAGAUCAUCUCCCCUAUUCUUGGCGGUCUUUCAGACACUGAGGAAUAUGUUCGAGAGGCGGCAAUGCGUGCUGGACGAAUGGUCGUUACCAACUACUCCAGCCGAGCUGUCGAUUUGCUCCUACCUGAGCUUGAGACUGGUAUGUUCGACCCAGGAUGGCGCAUUCGACAAUCUUCCAUUACUUUAGUCGGAGAGCUGCUCUUCAAGGUAUCGGGUAUAUCUGGAAAGACAUCAGAGCUUGACGAGGAAGACGUCGCUGCCGAAGGAACAGUGGUUGAAGCUUCUCGACGUGCUCUUGUUGAAGUCCUUGGGGUUGAGCGACGCGAUAGGAUUCUUGCAGAGCUGUAUCUCAUUCGCCAGGAUGGCGUUGCAGUUGUGCGACAGUCCUCCAUUCAGAUCUGGAAGGCUCUUGUAAACAACACACCUCGGACUGUUAGAGAAAUACUUCCUGAACUUAUAAACCAAAUCGUAUUCUUGAUUUCAUCGGAUGAGUUCGAACAACAAGAAACCGCAGGACGAACUGUGGCUGAACUAUGCCGCAAGUUUGGCGAGCGCAUUCUCGGGGAAAUUAUGCCCAUUCUGAAGACAAAAGCUACCUCAACCGACCCUCGUACCCGCGAAGGCGUUUCAUUGACAAUUAGCCAGAUCAUGCAAAACGCCACCGAGUCGCAGAGAGAAGAUCAUGAAGACGAUAUUAUUUCUAUCAUUCGGGCAGCCCUUGUCGAUGAUGAGGCCAACGUCCGCUCCGCAGCGGCCCAAGCCUUCGAUGUACUUCAAGAGGAGCUAGGUGUCAAGGCGAUCGAUCAGACCAUUCCCACAUUGCUCGAGGCCCUCCGUCAACCUGGCAAGGGAUCAGGAACCGCAUUGCAAGCUCUGAGGGAAGUCAUGAGUGUCCGAGCUUCAACUGUCUUCCCAGUGCUCAUACCCACUUUGACCGCCAUUCCUAUGACAGUCUUCAAUGCCCGAGCAUUGGCCUCUCUAGUCACUGUUGCAGGCAAUGCCUUGAGCAGACGGCUGACCGCUAUUCUGAAUCCAUUGGUCAAGGUAUCCGAGGACGAUAUUGAAGAUGAGCUUCGCGAAGCUGUUGACGAGGCGGUCAAUGCUCUGUUCUCAUCCGUGGAGGAUGCAGAAGGUCUCAAUACAGUCAUGAUGAUGCUCAUCGGAUGGGCGAAGCACGAUUCACCCAAGCGAAGGGUUACCACAUGCAAACUCUUCACCGUGUUCUGUGAAACUUCCGAGAUGGAUUCCUCGUUGUAUCGGGUCGAUUGGAUCCGUCAGCUUGUCUCUCUCUUGGACGACCAGCAAGUAGCUGUGCAUACAGCUGCUUGGAACGCAUUCGAUACAUUUGUCAAAUCUAUACCGAAGGACGAACUGGAGCCGUUGGUUGUGCCUCUUCGUCGUACAAUCGAGUCUACUGGCGCUCCUGGACGCACCGUGCCAGGCUUUGACCUGCCAAAGGGUGUCGCGCCGACAGUGCCUAUCGUAAUCGCAGGUCUUACGACAGGGAGCAACGAACAGCGCGAACAAGCUGCAUAUGCCAUCGGCGACCUCGUCGAGCGCACCAACGAGAAUGCCAUCAAGCCUUUCGUGGUACCCUUCACUGGUCCGCUCAUUCGUGUGGCGACACAGGCGACGACGUAUCCACCAGGAGUCAAGAUCGCCAUUCUGCAUGCACUAACUUCGAUGUUGGAGCACAUCCCUGCGUUCGUCAAGCCAUUCUUCCCACAAUUGCAACGGACCUUCGUCAAGAGCACCAGCGACCCAUCGAGCAGUGCCGUACGGGCGAAGGCUGCGGAAGCUUUGGGUGUUUUGAUGAAGAACCAACCUCGCGUGGAUCCUGUCAUUACCGAGUUGAUUACGGGAGCAAGAGGAAACGAAGACUCAAUCGCAACGAGCUUUAUCCUUGCCAUCUCGUAUGUUAUGAAGAGUGCGUCGCAAAACGUUGGCGAGAAGGCGAGAGAAUCCUGCAUUGAGCUUGUGUCUGAUGCCUUCCGAGAGCCUCAUAGUGAACAUUACGGAGAGGCUGUUGGCGCUCUCGUCAAAUCGCUUUCGGACCAACCGGAGCUCCUGCGGCCACUCGUCGAAUCUUAUCUGAUUACAGGAACACCACCAUCUGUGAUAUCCUCCCAAGUCAUUUUAGCCGUCGUCAGCGAGGAUGAAGACGACGACGAGACAGAAGGGCCCAACCUCUUCCAAAAACUGAAGGUCCUCCGCCAAAUUACCCAAAAGAUCCUGGAGAGCGCAGCGAACGAUAAACCCUUCAUCGCGCGUCCCGCCCGAGAAGCAAGAGAUAUCAUCAAGUCCAUAGGGGACGACAGCCUACUGGGCCUCUUCUGA